AUGGGCAUCCUAGAGAAGAUCAAGGAGAUCGAGUUCGAGAUGGCUCGGACUCAGAAGAACAAGGCGACAGAGUACCAUUUAGGCACACUGAAAGCCAAGCUAGCCAAGCUACGCACGCAGCUACAGGAGCCGCCAAAGACUGGCGGCGGCGGCGAUGGCUUCGAGGUGCAAAAGUACGGCGAUGGCCGGGUGGCGCUCAUCGGCUUCCCCUCAGUGGGAAAGUCCACGCUACUGACGGAGCUGACUGGGACCAGCUCGGAGGCGGCCGGCUAUGAGUUCACCACCCUGACCUGCAUCCCGGUGCGGCUUGGGCACCCGGCCCUUCAUUGCCGCGGCCGGCAAGUCAUCGCCGUCUGCAAGUCGGCGGACCUGCUGCUGAUGGUGCUGGAUGCCGGCAAGCCGCACUACCACCGCGAGAUCCUGACACGAGAGCUGGAGUCGGUGGGCAUCCGCCUCAACCGCAAGCCCCCCAACAUCUUCUUCAAGAAGAAGAAGACGGGCGGCAUCGCCAUCAACUCGAUGCUGCCCCUCACCAACCUGGACGACCGCACCAUCCAGCGCAUCCUGCAGGAGUACAAGAUCCACAACUGCGACCUGCUGUUCAAGGAGGACUCCACCAUGGACGACCUCAUCGACGUGAUAGAGGGCAACCGCAGAUACGUCAAGUGCCUGUACGUGUACAACAAGAUAGACGUGUGCAGCAUGGAGGAGGUGGAUGAGAUGGCGCGGCGCCCGCACUCCAUCCCCAUCUCCUGCUACCAGAAGCUCAACUUUGACGGCCUGCUGGCGCGCAUCUGGGAUAUGAUGGGCCUGGUGCGGGUGUAUACCAAGAAGGUGGGACACAAGCCCGACUUUGGAGACCCGGUGGUGCUGAGCGAGGACCGUGGCGGCACCAGCAUGCAGCACUUUUGCGAGAUGAUCCACAAGAGCCUGCUGAAGGAGUUUCAGUAUGCGCUGGUGUGGGGCACCUCCUCCAAGCACAUGCCGCAGCGGUGCGGCCUGUCCCACAAGCUGGAGGACGAGGAUGUGGUGCAGAUUGUGAAGAAGAAGAUUAUCGGCGGCGAUGAUGCGCGGGGGCGCUUCUGCCAGCAGGCCAAGGAGUAUGUUCGCAUCGGGGACCGAGUGAAGAAGCCGGCGCUUAAGACCUAAGGCGGCGGGAGGGCUGGUGUGUCUCACAUGCCCUGCCAACCCCUCAGCACCGCCCAUCGCGUGUCCCUGAAGCAUUCUGGCUUACAUGCAUGCCUGUGCAUCAGCUGGUUCACGCAUCCCAGCCAUUCAGGGAUGCAGGCCUGUAAGCAGUUCACACGCCACUGGCAUCAUGGGAUGCCGUGGAAAAGAAUGGUGCGGCGUCAGGGGAUGGGAGCCGCCGGUGGCGGCUCUACAAGAAUGGCAGGGCAAGGGCAUGCCGCUGCCGGUCGCAAGGGAAACAAUGCAAGGGGAAACAAAUGCAAGAAAUUGUGUUUGGGUUUCAUGAAAUAAGCAGUCACGGCGCUUGCCAGCGG